GUAGGAACUGUAGCUUUCUGCAGGAAAUGCAUGUCAUCCAGGAACAGGAUGAAAACUGCUACUGCUACGUGCAGAACAGAACCUUCCACUUGCAGUACGUUUGGUCGACUCUGCAGGUAAAAGUUAACAGCAGAGAACUGUUUAGGUUUGAGCCUAUUGCAGAAAAAAGCAACUGUCGUAAUUCAGAAACUGUUUUUGAGUUUGCUGCAUGUGCUGUUCAGAUCUUUUGGAAACCAGAGAUAUCUACAGAAACUUCCAUAAGCGUGAAACAAUAUGGAGAGGAUUUUUGUUUCAAAAUACAACCCUUCAAAACCAAACCGUACACUGUGAUUGUGGAACGAGAAAUGCUAGAUGGCAAGCUCUUGUUUCUGUUUGCAGCUGGAAUUUUUCUGUUCCAUUUUGCAAACAGCCUGAGCAGGAGUACCAAGUUCUUUUACCUUUCUGGAGUAAUACUGGGUGUUCUUGCUCUGCUCGUCUUUGUCCUGUUGACACUGAAAAGGUUCAUUCCAAGGCACAGUACCUUCUGGAUCUUAAUGAGUGGCUGCUGGAUGUCCUCCCUCUAUUUUAUUUACUGCUUCAAAGAGAAUAUGCAGUGGUUGUGGUCUGAACACAGAAACUACUUGUUGGGGUAUUUUCUGGCUGUUGGAAUCGCCAGCUUUGCCACUUGCUAUCAGCACGGACCGCUUACCGCUGAACUGAGCAUAACCUUGUUUGCGUGGACGCUACAACUAAUAGCCUUUGCCCUGAUUUAUUGUGGCGUCACCAUACCCCAAGUUGCGUACGCAGUGAUAGCAGUCAGCCUCUGCUCCAAAGGCCUGCGUUACCCCCUUGGUGCUGCCUCUCACAUAGGCAGAAAAAUCAAGAACCACUUUAAAUCAAAAAAGUUGGUGUUUAAACACCUUACUGAAGAGGAGUAUCGAGAACAAGGUGAAGCAGAAACUAGCAGAGCUCUGGAGGAGCUACGCUCAUUCUGCAGGAACCCUGACUUCCCGUCGUGGUUAGCCGUGUCCAGACUCCAGUCCCCACACAGGUUUGCAGGUUUUGUUCUGGGAUCUCCCCACAUCUCACCUGCAGAAACAAAGGCGCACGAGGAGGAGUACGGCAUUGGGAGCUUCUUCCUGGAAGAGCAGCUCUUUGAGGCCAGGGCAGGAUCCGAGCAAGGUGAACCGGCCAAUUCUGUCCACGAAGGAGAGGAGGAGGAUGACGAUGAAAUGCAUAGACAAAUUUCGUUUCCGUAUGCUACGGAAUUGCUCUGA